AGUACAGUGUAUUGCUGAAUCUUUUGCAAAGAGAUGCUGCAAGGAUGUGCAUUAUUGUUAUGAUAUUAUUAUGUAGCAUAAACGCAAGUAAUUUUCCUGAAUUCUGUAACAGAACAUAAAUACUGACUGUAUUUUCAAUCUGCGGUCGAUGAAAAACGUCUGCUUUGUGACUGCCGAAUCAAUCGCUUUUGACCGUGCUACCUCCCCGUGGCUAUCUUUAGUGGUGGGAUGAGAGAGGAGAAGAAGAAAGCCAAGCAGACCAUAACGCUGGCGACAAAGAUUAAAAAGAGGAUAUUAAAAAGUUCAUCUCUUGCUAAGACAACCUUAAUAAACAACAAUAAAGAUUUGGCAAUGGCUCUUACUGCAGAAAAAGAAAAAUCUAGUUAUUUAGAGAGGGAAGCUGGCAGCAUGAUAAAUGAAAUAAAAGUGUUGCUUUUACAAAAUGCUGCACAUCGUCACAACACAAGUCAAUUGGUAUCUUUGUUGAAAGAACUGCAGGAGGAUAUUAAUAAUAAACUGGAAACUGCCAUUGGGAUUUUAUGUGAAAGUCCGACAUCAGACCUCUCUCAAAGAAGUUGUGUUCAAGCUCAUGAUGACAUUAACCAGGAAAGUAUGCGCCAUUCUGCUUACCAUGAAGUUGAAAGCCAAGAUUCUCCUGAUAUGCAAAAUGAUGAUCCCGUUUCUUCAGGCUUAAAGUUGUCCUUGGCAGUACUGCGUGGCCCAAAGAAUGAGCACGACAAAAAGGACAACCUAAAGAAAAGCAUACAUGUAGCACAGUAUAAAGAAACUGAUGACACAGGGAAUCCAAAUGUCAACCGAAGUGAACAAGAAAUUGCACCCAUCAAGCUGCCCGAAAUAACAGUUUUACCUCGUGUUUUCAGGGACGUUUCCGACAUGCAGAAGAUAAAGGAGAGGUUGCUUUUUGCUUCAAACAGAAGCACUAACUCUCCUAACAGUUACUGUCCGAGAGAGAUGAGUAGUUUGAGUCAUAACGAAUCCAGAGAAGAAAGCAUUCCUUCAAAAUCUUUACCUGUUCAAGGCGAAUUAGACAGCCCAACAACUAUGUGCUCCAUGUUAGAAAUAGAUGAGCAGCUCAUUCAAGAAACGGAUGGUGCCAAUGUGAAAAUUACAGUCGGUGAAGAAACUGAAAGGAUUAGUGCUGUAUCUAUUUCCACAAAGAAUAAAUAUGUAACAAAAGAAAGAAAGAGAAAGAUGAGAAAAGGGAUUAAAAAGACACAGGCCAUUCUGAGAAAAUCUAACAUAGAAUCCUCCGAAGUAAUUAGUCCCAAUAAACUGGAAAUCAUUUCAGAUUUUAGGAAUUUUAAAUAUGGAGAUAGUAAUUCAGCUUCUCUUUCCAAUGAUUGCAUAGAAAUAGAUGAAACAAGUACAGGGGUGUCUACAGAUAGUUUAGAUCGAAAAUAUGUCUUUCAAGCAGUGACACAUGGAGAUGGGCAAGGUGCAGAAAUCAAACCAAGCAGAAGGACAUUUAUAAUAUCACCUCACAUGGGGAACUGCAGUAGUCAAGAUAAAAAAUAUCUUGAAGAUUUGGAAGAAGGACAUACUUUAGCAGGUAAAAAGUCAUCCUAUGCCUGCUUAAAUGAAGAACUGGAAGAUAAAGCAUCUGCAGAUGGAGAGGGACUGUGUGAAAUGGAAAUUGCUAACAAUGUGGAAUAUGAAGGCAAUGAAUUAAAAAAAAAUUCUCAUGCAGUUACAGAUUCAUUUGCCAAAGGAUGUAAAAGCAAAAGAAAAACCUAUAUCAUUUUAGGCUCUGAAAAAGGAGAAAAGAGCUGUAGAAGAACCUAUGUAUUGCCCCCCAAAGGGACCAUGGCUAGUGAUGCAAAUAAGGAAGGAAAUUCUGACACUAAAACUGUUUCAAGUAGUUCACAAAAUGUGGAAAUCGCAUGCACUCUGGUUGAAGAGGACGCCAAACCUGAUGAACUACUACCACAAGAAGUUCAAGGUAUUGAAUUUCCAUUUGGUACAAAACGUAAAGACCCAAGAAGAACUUUUAUUAUUUCCAAAUUAGUUGAUGGCCCUAGAGAAGAAAAACAAACCCUACAUCCCUGUAAGGCAUCACAUAUUCCUAAACUGCGGAAGAAAAAUAACACUGGUAGAGUAAAAGAGCAAAGAGCUGAAGAACAAAACAUUAGAAAUGUUUCACGGGUGCUUCUACCAAAAGACUUUCAGGCUUCAUUGAGUGACCUUCAAGCAGUGGACAAUGAAGGUAAAGAGUUUUCUAUUAAUGAGGCUGAAAAGUGGGAAGACAGAAGUACAAUUUCAGAUCCACACAGCGCUCAGAACUGUGCAAUCACUGUCAAAGCAGGGAGUAUUUCAAACGCUGAAGUGAUGGGAACUGUUCAUCCAUCCUCGAUAUCUGAUUUUUGUAAGCACAGUUCUCAGAAUACACUCCCAGAGUGCUUUGAAUUUUCAGAAUUUCCUGUGGAUAACCAGCAAGACUGUGAUAAAUGGACAGAUCUGCAGCAAGAUGUAAUGUUGCAUCAAGAUAAUGCCAUUAGCAUAUUCAAACAGAAGAAUAGAAGUGUUUCCCGACGAAAAGUAACUUCAUGGGAUAAACGGAAAAGAAGAACCUUUACAAUUGAAUUGUCACCACCCAGGCUUAACACCUGUAACGAGGAAGAUUCCUCUAAAUCACAUGAUAAUGGUGAUAGUGCUGUGAAGAAUACAGGCAGAGGAACACAUGAGGCCAUUGAAGAGGAGCCUGAGGAGACUGGGAUCGAGUUCCCAUUUAUUAAGAGCAAUGAUGACAGUGCCGAAGGACUUUCAGUACAAUGGUCAAAAAGUAGGCAACGUUUAAGGAAAACCUUAAUAGAUAAAGCAGAUAUUCCACCACCAAUAGUAAGGUUCAGAAAACAAAAGUCACUUCGUGCAGUUAGAUUGAAGCCAUCUAGACAUUCUUCCUCAUCCUUGGGGGAUGAAGAAUGUGAAUAUCUUACAGUGAAAACCAAAACGCAUGAAGAAUCCUAUGAUGGUGCCAUAGAUCUGGAUAAUGACAAUGAAGGGGAAACUAUUUCAUCACCCCCUUGUAAUAAGAGAAAUUUUACAAAUGAAGGAAGAAAUUUGAAAAUCGCCCACGUGCAGUGUAAUGCUUCAAAGAUUGGCUCUAAAAGCUAUAACAAAAAAUCACUCGACAAUAAUGAUGGAAGAGAAACGGCUGUGAAUACUGAGCCAAAAGUGUCCACAGCUUCAAUGAUAGAGUCCAUUCAAAGGCUGCUUGAUAAGACCAUCUGCUCAAGUGAGGUGUCUUUACUUAACAAGGACACACCUGGACUUGAUUCUUCAGAGGCAAAAUUUAAAACAGAAGCAGAAGAAUUCCUUCUUAUAACAGAAAGGAACACCGAACAAAAUGCAGGUGGGAAUGUACUGCAGAGCUUGACAAACACUGCUGAAAAUCUGAGUGAGGAUUCUUUGAAUUCAAGAAAGCGUAGGAGAGCCGCAGCUGAGAUCAACUACAAGGAGCCAAGCAUGAACAACAAGUUGCGGCGAGGAGAUAAACACACAGACACACGUUUCUUACAGUCACCAGUCUUUAAAAAUAAAGAAGGAAAGACUAAACAGAAGAAAGUUAAACUUGACAUCAAAGCAACAAAGCAUGCUCCAGUGGAUCCUGAAAACAUACUUUGAAAGGUUUAUGAUUUUAUUGUCUGUUAAAGAUUUUAUUGUUCUAUGUAAAUUUCCAUACAAUAUUAACUUGAUAUUUAAAUUGUAUGGUUUUUGUUCUAGAAAUUAGUUUUAUGCAAAACUGUGGUGGUUGUGAGUAACCUGAAAUGGUGGAUAUGAAGUGUGGAGCUGGAUGGGGGUCUCGACGGAGGAUGAAUGUGUGCUGAUGUCUGGGAAGCAUGAUGGGAAUAGCCAGUGUUAAUGUUGUCUUUUGUUUAAAGCUGUUUGGCUGUAAUAAGUUAAAUGUUUUAUGCUAAUAAAGCACUGAAUUGA